AUGCCGUUCACGCGUAUCUCCACGAAUUCCUAUCUUCCUUGUAACAAUCGCUUACGACCGAAUCAGAUGUCACAGAGUUAUUGGAAAAGCAGUAAAAGUGAUUCUGCUCUUACAUCGUCAACGGACACUCAAAUGAAACGUAUGCAGGAUGGUAGAUUUGGAGAGACUGAAAAUCGAUGGAAAAAAUCUCUAAGAAAUCCAAAUGCCAAAAAACGGCUCCGAAUGGCAUGCUCUGGUCGUCAAGUUGCGUGUUGCUUGUGCUUGAUCAUCGCUAUUGGUCUCUUGGCGAGUAUAGCUCUUGGUUCUAUACUUGCCGUAGUUUUACCACAUAAAACUACUCUAUCAACAACAACAACGACUGCUACUACAGCAACAUCAACAACAUCAACAUCGACGACUUCGACCUCGUCAACAAGUGCUACAACUAGUACGAGCUCGUCAUCAAGUACUUCAUCCACUAGUUCGACGUCAUCAACAAGUACUACAACCAGUACGAGUUCAUCAUCAAGUACCUCAAGUACUAGUUCAACCUCAUCAACAAGUGCUACAACUAGUACGAGCUCGUCAUCAAGCACUUCAUCUACUAGUUCGACGUCAUCAACAAGCACUUCAACCACCAGUACGAGUACGUCAACAAGUACCUCAAGUACCAGUUCGACCUCGUCGACAAGUGCCACAACCAGUACGACUUCGACAACAAGUACUACAAGCUCGACAACCUCAACAACAAGUAGUACAUCAACCACGAGUACAACAUCAAAGACAACGUCGACAUCAAGUACUUCAACUUCUACAUCAACGACAACAACACCAACAUGCGGCAGUGUUAGCAAUCCUCCAGGACAAAUUCUGAAUUUGCCCUCUGGUUCUGCGCCGAGCACGUAUACACAUUACACUCACGGUUUUAUAGCAAGCGAUUUCUCAUCAACUCUAUCUUUCAUAACAACGGGUGAUGCUGGAGGGGGUGGUAAUCAUUAUUGGUUACUAGACAAAGUAUCUGUGACAGAUAUGAACACAAGCAUAAACGUUCUCACUAAUGGAGAUUUUGAAAUGGGAAAUUUAAAUGGAUGGUCACAGUUCUGCAACAACGAUGUCAAUUGUAAAACAACUAAUUAUUAUGCUCAUACCGUAGCAAGUCCAUGUUAUUCAGGAGCAUACUGCGUUUACGAUUCAUGUCAAAAUUACGAUUAUCUAUUUCAAUCGUUUUCUACUGUGGCUGGAAAUUAUUAUUUGAUAUCAUAUUAUCUCAGAAUUGGUUCUAGUGGAGGAGGCGAGCAGAUAUAUGUCACAUUAACUUGA